AGCUAGCAUAUGUUAGCACUUUGAGAUAAGUAGCUAAAUAAUUCAGAGAUUGCAUUGUUUAAGAUUUGCGUUGGACAGCGUUUUUGAACUUCGGCUAUUAAUUUCGCAAUGGUAACCUAACCAUUGCUAACCUGUAGCUAUUUUGGAUUUAUUGGACAAUAGGCAUGGUUAAUGAUGGCCACCUCGCCUGUGACGGACGAGGAUGAAGUGGAGUUCGUUUCUGAAGGACCUCUGAGACCAGUGCUGGAAUACAUCGACUUGCUGAGCGAUGGGGAGAAUGAAGACUUUCCUGUUCACAGGACGGUCGAAGACCAGGUGGACAGGCAGAAGGCGAAGGUGGCGUCCACGCUCGACCGGCUGGCUCACCAAGUGGCCACCGAGAAGCAGGAGAGAGCCGAGAAGUGCCGAGCGUUCAAGGAGAAGAUCGUCUCCCAGCAAGCUCACGGGCGCCAGGAGCUGGCCUUCAACGCCAGCAGCGGCGAGACGCGCAGCGCCAAGCACUGCGUCGACAUGUGGCUAAAGAUGCCAGGGCCCAAACCCGGGGCCGUGCACACCGGAUGGAUGAAGCGGAGGCCCGCCGCCCCUCCCGACGGCUCCCGCCGGCCCUCCACGCACACCUGCCCCGUGGUCAACUGUGGCCGGACGUUCGACGGCGUCCCCCUGCUGGAGGGUCACCUGAAAAGGUUCGACCACUCGCCCUGCGACCCCGCCGUCACGCUGCGGGGGGGCCCGUCGGAGAUCUACGCCUGCGUCGCCUGCGGCAAGAGCUUCCAGACCAAAGAGGCCUGGCAGAACCACUACAGGUCCAAGCAUUCCUCCCCCAGCCAUGGGAGUGGCCUGUCCUUCCAGCUGAUCCAGUGCUUCGCCUGUCCCUGCUGCUGCCUGCUCUUCAACCUGAGGGACCAGUGUCUACAGCACAUGGCAGCGCGCAACCACAUCAGCCAUGCCAUCAUUCUGAGCGAAAAGACGCCCCAGGCCGCCAUGCCCAUUCCAGUCCCGCGCUACGCCCAGAACCAGCUGAUCGCUCUCUGCAAGGAGGUGCCCUUCUGCGUCAGGUGCUCCUCCUGCAGGAGAACGCUGAGCUCACACAUGGAGGCCCGGGCACACUUCAGCGUGCAGUGCCGGCAGGGCGGGGCCGUGGCAGAGGCGGCGCAGACGGUGCCGGAGGUGCUGCGGCGGCUGUGCGCGUUCGGGCGCUGCUCGCGGUGCCGCCGGACCUUCCCCAGCGAGGCGGACGCCGCGGCCCACCAGAGCCAGACGCAGCACCGCGUCUCGGCCUUCCGGACCGUGCCGGAGGCCCUGCUGCACUACUGCCACCUCCACCAGCAGGGGGCGCCCUCCGGGCCGGCCAAACGGCAGGAGGCGGGCCGCGACGCGGAGGAGUCCCCCGCCAAGAGGCGGAGACAGGGGGGCGGGGGCGGGGCCACCGCCUGGGCCUGCGAGUGCGGGCUGAGCUUCCCCGAGGAGGCCGCCGCCCGCAGGCACCUGCUGGCGGCCAAUCAGAUCUUCCACAGGUGCGGCGUGUGCGGGAAGGAGAUGGGCGAGGCCGCCAUCGCCCGGCUGCACAUGAGCCGUUUCCACGGCGGCGCCCACCUCUCCAACUUCCUGUUCCGGUGCCGGCGCUGCGGGACGGACGCGCCCCGGGAGGAGGACGUCCUGGCGCAUGUGCGGGACGCCCACGCGGGACACACCUUCUACCGCGAGCGGGAGGCCCCGCCCGCCCCCGCCCCUGUCCCAGGACCGCCUACACCCGCCAAGCCCCCCUCCCUAGCAAAGAGCGAACCCGCCAAGCCCCCCUCCCUAGCAAAGGCCGCGCCCGCCAAGCCCCCCUCCCUAGCAAAGGCCGAACCCGCCAAGCCCCCCUCCUCCCCGGCGGAUGCCGCGCCCACCGAACCGGCGGGGCCCUCGGGCGGCGGGCGGGGCCGGGGGCGGGGCCAGGGGCGGAGCUGGCUCUGCCGGAUGUGCGAGGACGUGUUUGGCUCGGAGGCGGAGGUGCGGGCGCACUGCGGGGACGUGGGGGCGCACAGCUUCCACAAGUUCCUGUGCGGCGAGUGCGGCCAGCGCUUCUUCAAGGCGCCCACGCUGGCGCGGCACUGCCAGCUGCAGCACGCCGGCCGCUCGGACCCGCGCCGCUUCUGCGGGCUCUGCGACGGCAUGCAGCUGGACUCCGAGGAGGACUUCCUGCGCCACUACCGCAGCCUGCACGCCCGCGACUACUGCCGCCUGGAGGAGGAGGAGGAGGAGGCGGAGGAGGAGCAGGAGGAGGAGGAGGAGGAGGCGGCGGAGGAGGAGCAGGAGGAGGCGGCGGGGCCCGGAGAGACCGGCCCCUCCCUUGCGGGCGCGCCCGGCCUCUCGGCCGAGCUCCUCUGCCCCUGCAUGGGCGCGGAGGAGGGCGGGGCCGACCAGAAGGCCGCCUUCACCCACUGCAUGAGGCGCCUGGCGGGGGAGGGCCUGUGCUCCUACGCCUGCCCCCCCUGCGGCCUGCGCACCCCCCACUACCUGCUGGCCAAGGAGCACGCGCGCCGCCGCCACGGCUCCCCGGGGAAACGCGUGCGCGUGCUCUGCGGUUCCUGCCCGGAGAGCGCCGCCGACGUGCCCAGCUUCCACAGCCACUUCCACGCUCGCCACUGCCCCCUGGAGCCCUGCGCCAGCCUGCGCGGGCCGGACGCCGGGGACGGCCUCAGGGUGCUGAAGGCCGAGGAGGUCUCCCUGGAAACGAAAGCGGAAGAAUUUGAGGAGGUGAAACGUGCUGUUGCUCUGAGCGCGGAGGAGCCUGGGAGGGGAGCAGAGGAGUCCGGGAGGGGAGCAGAGGAGACCGGGAGGGGAGCAGAGGGCGACAGUGAGGAAUGCGACGAGGAUCUGAAGCGCGCUUUGGCCCUGAGCGCAGAAGAGGCGCAGGAGCAGGCGGAGGGGGAGAGAGAGAUGGAAGAAGCAUUACAGAGAAGCCUUCUGGAAUUUUGACUGGGACAUUUCAAGGAACUUAAAAAUAAUGAAUCUCUUGAGUCAUUUGUAAUCAAUAAAUGUUAAAUAACUGCUGGCCUGUGAUAAAAAGUUAUUGUAAAUAAAAUAAAAACGCAAAGAGGGCAGAAGCAGUACUGUAUUUUUCGGUUCAAUAAAGUUUAUCAGCGGUCAUA